AUGAGUGACUCGGGUACAGUCGCCACAAGAUCUAAUGGAGGGGAACUGGCUCAUGCAUUGCCAAAUGAUCCGGAAGAGAGCCCCGCCCUCAAUUUCAGGGGCUCACUGGUCCAAGGGAAUGCAAACAUCAGCGGUCGCGACAGCUACAACGCCCAGAACCACGGAACCAUAAACUACAACGUCAACUACAACUUUCCCCACGUAUAUGGAAGCCCGACAAGUUCACAAAUCUCGUCACCCACCUCUGUGCAUACCGCUAGCUCUACGCGUAGCGCCAGUAUGCACGAAGCCAGCCAAUCGCCGACCCCAAAUCCACCGCUACAUAUGAAUUUCGACGAAGAUGUCACCCCCGUAGCCAGGGAGUUGGAAGAAGCAUUGACGAACGCGAUCAAGUCGUUCCAGGCCAAUGGAUUGAGACGCCUAUCGCCCAACCAUUCUGUGGCAAGGAAUGGCAGAGUUGUGAAGCAGUAA